AGAUUACAUUACUCAUUAAGUGGACAAAUUAUAAGUAGUCUUAUAUAGAUCCUUUGUCUUUAUACCGAUAUACACGUUUAUCAUAAGGAAAUGAUCUCAAGACAAAUUAAAAAUAAAUAAAUAAGUAUUCUCUGGUAUUCCUCAUACUGCGGAAAAUGUAACCUCCUGCGCAUUAUCGCAUACGUCUUUACGAAAGAGGCAACUUAACCUUAAAAUCGUGCAUCCAGCGAAUUCUCAGUCAAAUGUUUAUCGUUUUUGAUUUUUUAUUAUUUAUCAUUAUAUGAUAUCAUGAAUAGUCCGGAUGUGAUUAGUGAGGAUGAAUUAUUAGAAAAUGAUGAUGAAAAAGACUUGGAUUUUGAUAUUCGAAAUUACGUAGACGAAAUCAACAACGAGGACUCCUACGAUGAACUCUUGGAUAAUCAGGAUAAUAAUAAAGAAAAUGACAAUCAAGGUGGAAAUGAAGAACAAGAAGAAAGUGAAUGCGUUGGUCCUGUCUUACCAGAGGGGCAUAGGUUUGAUAGAAAAUUUAUAUGUAUAAAAUAUCCAGGAAAUGUAAUUAAUCCAGAUAAAGCUAUCAGAACAUUAGGUGGCAUCAAUGCAAUUUCCACGGCGGUAGAUACUCCCAACAGACGUCUAGAAUUGCGAUUUAGACCUGACGAUGGGUAUAGUAAACCAACAUGUGGUGAUAGACAUUCUAAAACAGCAUUUCUAUUGAGAGUCAGAGUAAAAAAGAAUAGGGUUAACAAAGUACAAGAAAAUGUGCAGAGAUCUGAGGCAAAUAUAAAUGUGGAAUCUAUUAAAAAUGAAUUUAGGAAUGUGUCUUUGAAUGACGAUAAUCUGAAGAAUAAAGGCAACCAAAGUGACAUCCAAAAUUAUGGGGACUUAAAAAAAGAUAAUAUUGUAAUAGAUCUAGUUGAAAAAAUACAAAACUGUAAUGUAUCAACAAAAAACAAUCCUGAAAGUUCUAGUAAAGUAUCUUCCAGUGAAAUUGGUAAAAAAAUUUCUGAUACAUCAAUAGAUACUGGCAAGAAUUUGGUUAAAGGCAAAAAAAAUAUUGCACCAACUUUUGAUCGUAAUAAAUAUGAGGAUCUUUCACAAGACGAACAGUAUGAAUUACCAAAAUUAAAAAUAUUAGGAAGGAUAGAUACAGAAUUUCAGUUUACUAAUUUGUGUGAUUUUCAAUAUUUGACCAUGACAAAAAGUAAAAAAAAUCCAAAAGUAUUGGAAUGUAUAUAUGAUAAAAUAUAUCCUACCGGAAUUCCAUCUUAUUCAUGGUUAAAAAAUGAAGUGCCUUAUUUCUUACCACCAGCUGCGUUCAGCAGAGUGGACAGUGUACAACAAUAUGUACCGAAAACUGAAACUAGUUCGCUACCAGAAAAUAUAAUUGGGAAAAAUAAAAAACGCAGAGCAGGCUUUGCUAAUUUUAUUUGCUUUACAACUCAGGGUGUACCUACCAAAGCACCGGAUGGUAUUGAGACUGCUAUGAAAGUGAAAUUUCUACAAAAUACGCAUUUGGAAAAAAUUCGUCAGAUGUUCGAGGAACGACCAAUUUGGUCUAAAAAUGCUAUAAUGUAUAACACAAAAUUCACAGGAGAACAAUUAAAAAUAUUGUUACCUUCAGUAGCAUAUUACUUUAUGACAGGUCCUUGGAGAAUUAUGUGGGUUCGUCUGGGUUAUGAUCCUCGAAAAGAUAUUUCGGCUAGAAAAUAUCAAACUUUGGAUUACAGACUGAAAGCCAUGCGUGGAUUGGGAUCUACAGUAAAAUGUAAAAGAAAUUAUUCAGAGUAUACAUUACCAUAUAAAUCUGCUCCAGCAGCUAAAUCAAAAACCACUAUACUUACGCCAAACUUAAGUAUGGAGCCAAAUCAAACAAAGCAAACUGAAAUGAAUGAAAAUAUGUAUGUUUAUAGAGAAGGAAUGGUCCCUCCUUCGAGACAGAUGUUUUAUCAGUAUUGUGAUAUUCUUGUGGACGAAGUACAACAAAUGUUGGCAAAACUUCCUGAUCCAAUGCCUGGUACAAGGUGUCACGAGAAAAGGGGAUGGUUACCAAGUGGUUUCGAUGUUCAAUGCAGAGAAAUAAUUAAUAAACAAGUUCGAGCUGUUCUUAGAAAAAAAAUGAAUAUACCAGAGGAUCAUCCUACAACACUUCCACGAAAACGAAAAUGGGGAGCGGGUCAUAGAAAAAAUAGACUUAAGAAAAAGAAAACAAAGACAAGUGCUGAACCAUCUACUUCUAAAACACGUUUAAACACUUGUUCAGAAUCGAGUGACGGUAGAGAGAAUGUUAGUUAGAAUAAAUCAAAUGUAUAAUAAACUAGUAAUUUCUUUUGAUACUAUUGUUGUGUACAUACUCUUACAAAUGAAAUGAUAAAUAAAAAAACAUGAAAAAUAA